CAUCAUCCUCACAGAUUUGAUGACUGUCCUCAGCUGCUGUGUAGAAAUGAUCUGAGUGGUCGAUGUUACUGGGAGGUCGAGUGGAGCGGACCUGUUUCUAUAUCAGUGAGUUACAGAGGAAUCAGAAGGAAAGGAGACAGUGAGGAGUGUAGGUUUGGAAGGAAUUAUCAUUCCUGGAGUCUGGAGUGCUAUGGAGGUUACUCUGUCUGUCACAAUAACAGAGAAACACUCCUCUCCCUCUCCUCCUUCUCCUCCUCCUCCUUCAUCUCCUCCUCCGCUUACUCCUCCUCCGCCUCUGGUAGAGUAGCAGUGUAUGUGGACUGUCCUGCUGGCUCUCUGUCCUUCUUCAGAGUCUCCUCUGACUCUCUGAUCCACCUCUACACCUUCAACACCACAUUUACUCAACCUCUGACUGCUGGAUUUGGACUCUUGGACUCUGGUUGUUCAGUGAGUCUGUGUCCUCUGUAGAACGGAUGUCUCUGUCUCUGACAGCAGGGAGGAGGAGGAGGCUGUCAGAAGGUGGGAGGGGCCUCUCAGAAUGUGGGAGGGACCUAUUAAGUGGGAGGGGU